UUCAUCAGUUUUUUCUUCUUUAUACAAUAAAAUGUUGCGCUUUGUGGUAUUGUUCACCUUGGUGAGCUCCUCUCUGGCUGACGUUUCCAGCAAUGAUUUCUAUGGACGCAUUGUAAAUGGUGUUGACACCACCAUCCAGGACCAUCCCUAUCAGGUCUCUUUGCAAACUAACAAAGGCGACCAUUUCUGUGGCGGUUCCAUUAUCAGCGAGGACAUUGUUGUUACCGCUGCCCAUUGCAUGCAAUCGCACUCUGUCUCCGAAUUUAAGGUUCGCCUAGGAUCAACUCAAUACAAUACUGGUGGUGAAUUGGUUGAAGUCAAGUCAUUCAAGUCCCAUGAACGCUACAACCCCAAGACAAUGGUGAACGAUGUUGCUGUCAUCAAAUUGGCCCGUCCUGUAAAAGAAUCCGCUUCAAUCCGUUACAUCAAAUUGGCUGACAAAACUCCUGCCACUGGCACUCCUGCUGUGGUUACCGGCUGGGGCACCACUUGCUUCUUGAUCUGCAACACUUUGCCCAAGACCUUGAAAGAAGUCGAAGUUGGUAUUGUCGAUGAGAAGGCUUGCGCUUCCAGCGAAUAUAAAUACGGUUCCCAAAUCCAACCCAGCAUGGUGUGUGCCUAUGGCCUUGUUAAGGAUGCCUGCCAAGGUGAUUCCGGUGGCCCAUUGGUUGCUGAAGGCAAAUUGGUUGGUGUUGUUUCUUGGGGUAAGGGUUGUGCCCUCGAUGGUUUCCCAGGUGUCUAUGCUGAUGUAGCCACCCUCCGCUCUUGGAUAGAAAAGACCGCCAAGGAAAUGUAAAAUUCUACGUUGUAUAGCAAAAAAAAAAUUAAAGAACAUGAGAUUAAUUGAAUAAAAUAAAAUUAAUUGAAAUUAAUUUAA